AUGGCUCAGCUGAGGACGAUCGGCAUCGCUAUCAUUGGCACAGGUCUUAUUGGCCCGAGACAUGCAGAAAGUGUCAAGAGGUGUGCAGAAGCAUCUCUCCUCUGCUUUGUGGAUCCUCGACUCGAUGUUGCAUUGGUUGCUGAAGCAUUCGAUAGCGUGCCCUUCUUUAGCAGCAUCCAGCAAAUUCUAGAGACAGGGUGCCGCCCAGAUGCGGCCAUCGUUUGCACUCCGAAUAGUACGCAUGUGCCUGUCAGUCAGGAACUAUUCGCCGCCGGCAUCCAUGUCCUUGUGGAGAAACCAAUUGCGACGGACUUGGAGUCAGGAAGACAACUCUUACUUGCGGCAGAAGCCGCUGGUAAACACCUCCUGGUCGGACACCACAGACGCUUCAAUCCAUAUGUGACCGCAACGAAACGAGCUCUUGAGCAGGGUUCAAUCGGCCGCCUGAUAGCCAUCUCAGGUCUUUGGGCUACAUGUAAGCCUGACUCAUGCUUCCUACCACCUACCGACUGGCGUGCAAAGUCAGGAACAGGAGGGCCUAUCUUGAUCAACCUGAUCCACGAGGUAGAUAUCUUGCAGUAUCUCAUGGGGCCCAUAGUGCGGGUCCAUGCAGAGCAGGCACUAUCGCAACGCGGACAUGCCGCCGAGGAAAGAGCGGCCAUACUCAUGAGGUUCGCCUCGGGCGUAGUGGGCACUUUCAUCUUGUCUGAUGCGACACCGUCCAUGCACAACUUCGAGAGCGGCACCGGCGAGAAUCCGAUGAUUCCUCAGGCUGGAAAGGAUUUAUAUAGAAUCUUUGGCUCGGAAGGCACCCUAAGCGUAGGUGAUAUGAAGCUCAGUAGUUAUGGCGAUGCAGCGAAGAGCUGGUCCAAUUCCCUGCAAGAGCAGACUAUACCGGUAGGCUCGGAAGUGCCCUUCGAUGAGCAAGUUCGAAAUUUCGUGCGUGUCGUCCAAGGAAUAGCGGAACCAAGAUGUACUGGUGAAGAUUGUCUGCAGGCACUUGUAGUCUGCGAUGCGGUUCGACGAGCACUUGAUACUGGUCUGCCGAUCGAGAUAGAUGUGUCGGACUUAACAAAGUGUUGGAGCCGUAGAGCGCUUUGCCUGCACUUGUCAGCGGAAGAUAUCCAAGGAGCACCCCGAGAAGCAUAG